GCGCUUUUGCUUUUAGUCUGGUUCUGCUGUCACUGCUACGCACACAAACAUCUGCCGAAGCCUCUCCAGAAGCUGGCAGGUUUGCAGGGAACUCCAGUUUUCCAGGUAUAAGACUUUCUUUUUUUCUCUAACCAUGUCUAAAUGUCAAGAGAUGAGUUCCACUGAGAGGGCACCAGCUGAAGACCUGUACCCCAGAAAAAUACUGGAAUACAUGGAGGGCUUCCUUAUAUCUAAGACGGUGUUCACCUCUUGCGAACUGGGCGUUUUUGACGCGCUGUCCAGUGCAGACCGGCCUCUGUCUGCGGAGGAGAUCAGCCAGGCCGUGGGGGCCAGUCUGGACGGUACCCAGAGGCUGCUGGCCGCCUGCACCGGCCUGCAGCUGCUCAACACACACCGAGAGGAGGAUCAAGUGUUUUACAGCAACACGGAGCAGGCCAGGGUCUUCCUCACCCGCUCCAGCCCUCUGUCCCUCUAUCAGUCCAUCCAGUACAGCUCCAGAACCAUCUACCUGUGCUGGCACUACCUCACAGACGCUGUCAGAGAGGGGAGAAACCAGUAUGAAAAAGCUUUUGGAGUCAAUUCAAAAGAUCUAUUUGAGGCUCUCUACAGGUCUGAUGAAGAAAUGGUCAAAUUCAUGCAGUUAAUGAACUCUAUUUGGAACAUCUGUGGAAAAGAUGUGAUCACAGCCUUUGAUCUUUCACCUUUCAAAAUCAUCUGUGACCUUGGAGGCUGCAGUGGAGCAUUAGCCAAGCAGUGCACGUCAGUCUACCCAGAAUGCACAGUGACGAUCUUUGACCUCCCCAAGGUGGUGCGUAUGUCGCGGCAACACUUUGUCAACGAGGCUGACCAGAGGAUCGGCUUCCAUGAAGGGGAUUUCUUCAAAGACACUCUUCCAGCGGCUGACCUGUACAUUCUUGCCAGAAUCCUCCACGACUGGACAGAUGAACGCUGCAUUGAACUACUUUGCAGAAUCUAUAAAGCCUGCAAACCAGGAGGUGCUGUGCUGCUGGUGGAGGCACUGCUCAGAGAGGAUGGAUCUGGCCCACUGACAGUACAGCUCUACUCCCUUAACAUGCUGGUGCAGACAGAGGGCAGAGAGAGGACAGAUGCUCAGUACGCUGCCUUGCUGGCUGCUGCUGGCUUCUCCAACAUCCAGCACUGCCUCACUGGAAAGAUCUAUGAUGCUGUUCUGGGCCGCAAAGAGACAUGAAUGACAAAGAGACACAGAUAUAUUUCUGUCACCAUGGAGAUGUUUCACUGAAAACAAAGGUUCCUCUCUUUUUUUCACUAUAUAUAUAUAUAUUAACUGCUCUAAAAACCAUUGUGUGUGAAAGUUGUGUGUUCCUCUUAGAAGCAAGCAAGUAGGCCCACGUGUCAUCAACUUGUUGAUAAAGGGAACGACUCGUGAGACAUGAUAGAUUAAUUAUUGCCCAAUACAUUUAUAGUUUGUGACAAAGAUGACCUGCUUUGAAUCAGCACUACCAUGGCAAACCUUCGGCAUUUAUACGUACAUGAUGUACCCUUUGAUAGGCUGGCUUUGAAUUCAAGCUCUCCCUUUUGUCAACACUUUUCAUAUAUUCCAAUUGUGUAAGAGCAAAAUUAAAGUUACCUAUA